ACCAACACACACACACACACACUCUCUGUGUCUCUCUCCCCCUCGAUCGACUCCCCCAAUCCACAGCUCCGCUCCUCGCCCCCGCCAUGUCCGGCCUCCUCCGGUGGAGGCGCCUCGCCGCCGCAGCUACGCGCGCUGCCUCCACCCUGACCGCGGUCGAGUGCUCCCCUGCUACCGCCGCGGCCGCGCCGCCGCACCGACUCCUCCAGGGGCGGCGGAAGUGGGAGGGGUCCUCGUCCUCCUCCGGGGGCGGCUCUUCCUCCUCCUCUUCCUCCACCGACGAUACCGAGCCGCGGCGUAUCCGCGCGGAGGCCCACUGCCCACGCUGCUCCAAGCACAUGGACAUCCUCUUCUCCCACCGAGCCCCUCCCUCCUCUGCUCCCGCCGGUGCCGGCGGCUACCAGGCGCUCAACCUCUGCCCCAACUGCCGCACCGCCUACUUCUUCCGCCCCAACAUCCUCGCGCCCCUUCAGGGCACCUUCGUCGAGAUCGGCCGCGUCAGGGCUGACUUCCCGCCGGACGGCGUCAGGGUCAGGGAUCCUUCCUUCUGGGAGGCCAUCCGUGCGAGCUCGUCUUCGCGCGACGAUGGGGAUGGGAGCGGCGUGGCCGUGCACGUGCCGCCCGGCCCACCGUUCCACCCUAAUCUUAACGUCGUCCGCGUAGCCGGCGGCGGUGGCGGGGGAGGAGCUGGUGGCGGCGGGGGUGAGGAGGGAGGGGCAAAGGACGGGUGGGGCGGGUCAAACCUUGGGAAGGAUUUUCCGACGCCCAAGGAGAUCUCCAAGGGGCUCGAUAAGUAUGUGAUUGGGCAAGAAAGAGCCAAGAAGGUGCUGUCUGUUGCAGUAUACAACCACUAUAAACGGAUAUACCAUCAAUCUGUACAGAAAGGGUCUGGAGCAGAUUUGGGUUCUUCUGAUGGAGAAGCUGAUGGUGAUGACAAUGUUGAACUAGAAAAAAGUAAUGUACUGUUAAUGGGGCCUACUGGCUCAGGUAAAACUUUACUCGCGAAGACACUAGCUCGGUUUGUGAAUGUGCCAUUUGUAAUUGCCGAUGCAACAACAUUGACCCAGGCAGGGUAUGUAGGAGAAGACGUAGAAUCUAUAUUAUACAAGUUACUUACGGUGGCAGAUUUUAAUGUGCAAGCAGCACAACAGGGGAUGGUGUACAUUGAUGAAGUUGAUAAGAUCACUAAGAAGGCUGAGAGCCUUAAUAUUAGUAGAGAUGUAUCAGGCGAAGGUGUUCAGCAGGCUUUGUUGAAAAUGCUGGAAGGCACGAUAGUCAACGUCCCUGAGAAAGGAGCAAGGAAGCAUCCUCGUGGUGAUAAUAUACAGAUAGACACGAAGGACAUUCUUUUUAUAUGCGGGGGUGCCUUUAUUGACUUGGAGAAAACUAUAUCAGAGAGACGGCAAGAUUCUUCUAUUGGAUUUGGGGCACCUGUCCGUGCAAGCAUGAGAACUGGUGGUAUUUCAAGUGCUCAAGUGACAUCUUCCUUGUUGGAAUCAGUCGAGAGUGGUGAUCUUAUAGCAUAUGGACUCAUUCCGGAGUUUAUUGGGCGUUUCCCUAUCCUUGUCAGCUUGGCAGCCCUAAAUGAGGACCAACUUGUGCAGGUUCUCACCGAGCCAAAGAAUGCGCUAGGUAAACAAUUCAGGAAAUUGUUCAGCAUGAACAAUGUUAAGCUUCAUUUCACAGAUUCUGCCCUAAGAAUAAUUGCCAAAAAGGCAAUGUGCAAAAAUACUGGUGCACGGGGUUUAAGGACUAUCCUUGAAAAUAUUCUCAUGGAUUCUAUGUAUGAGAUUCCAGAUACAAAAUCUGGGGAGAAGCGAAUUGAUGCGGUGGUUGUAGAUGAAGAUGCAGUAGGAUCAGUUGACCGGCCUGGCUGUGGAGCAAAGAUUCUUUAUGGUGACGGUUCUUUCGAUCAUUACCUCUCCCAGAUAAAGGCAAUGGGAGAUGGAGCAGGAAGCGAAGCGGACGGGGAAGCUGAUCUUUCCUCAUCAAGAGCCAUGAGCAUGUGAUAUCAUAGUUCCGUCCGUGGCUACUGUAACCUGUAAAAUCUGAUCCUAGUUGUAUUAAUGUAAGUAGUAACCUUGUAAAGCAAAAAAAAAACAUGUGCAGCAUCCGUUGCUAAUUCAAGCCCCAGCACGGUGGUUCAACUGUCUUCGUUCCUCACAUAACUUGUAGCAGGAUUGGGAAGUGUAUAGUGGACCAUGUUAUGUGGGGAGUAUCUAUGGGUGUCGUAAGACAAGAGACUUAUUAAGUCAUCAACUGUAAUGACUGCCGAAUGCUAAAACUUCAAACAGACUGACAUGGAAGGGGGCUGCAAUUGAGCAGGAAGAUGCAAAAUGAUGUUAUCUGGCAUUUACCU